AUGUCGGGUGAAGCGUGGUUAUAUCUGCUCUCCGUCUUGAUAAAUGCCGUCAAUCUCUUCCUGCAGGUCUUCUUCACUAUCAUGUACAGCGAUCUAGAAUGUGACUAUAUCAACCCAAUCGACCUCUGCAACCGCCUCAACACCUACAUUGUCCCAGAAGCCGCUGUUCACGCAUUCUUGACCUUCCUCUUCCUCAUCAACGGAUACUGGCUGGCUAUUUUACUGAAUUUACCUCUGCUAGCCUUCAAUGCAAAGAAGAUCUUUGAGAAUCAACAUCUGCUCGAUGCUACCGAAAUCUUCCGAAAAUUAAAUGUGCACAAGAAGGAAUCCUUUAUCAAGCUCGGCUUCCAUCUUAUCAUGUUCUUCUUCUAUCUCUACAGCAUGAUCGUCGCACUCAUUCGAGACGAAUCGAACUGA